AUGACUGGCAUAAUGGACCGAUACACAUACGUAAAUAUAAUGGAGUAUAUCAUGAUUCCAUUUGCUGAAGAGGACAUGCCGCUGAAAAGAAUAUUUCAGCAGGAUAACGACCCGAAGCCACCAGUAGGGUGGUUUCGGGUCAAUGAAAUUGAGGUCAUGGAUAGACCAGCUCAAUCCCCUGGCCUCAAUCCUAUUGAAAACCGUUGGGCAGACGUCAAGAAAGCGGUGCGGAAGGAUAAACUCAAAAACAACAACGAGUUGUGGACCAAACUCUUACUCGUCGCAUUCGCACUAAUUGCCAGCGCAGCCGCCGAUGUCAGCCAUUUGAACCGCGAGUACUUGCCACCUGUACAACCUGGCCAUCAUGGCGGUAGUGGCAGUUCUCACUACAGCGCUGUUGGUGGUUCCGCCGGUUUUGGUUCAAGCGGCAGUUCCCACUUCGGUGCUAUUGGUGGUAGCGCCAGCGUCGGUUCAAGCUCUGGUCCCAGCGCCGGUUCAGUGUCAUACAGCAGUCAGCAACACAGCCACGAUUACGGACAUGGACAACAAUCGCAAGCAGUGCACGUCAGUUAUGACAGCGCACCAGUAGCACCAGCACCAGAGCCAGAGCAAGAGCCAGAACCCGUAGCUGCUGCACCAGUCGAAGAUGACGGCGCCGUCUCUUAUGGCUCAUACGGUCAGGAUGAAGUGCAGCAACAAUAUGAAGGCGCUGCCGAGGUAGAACAGCAACAAGUGGAUGCUGGUGUUAGUGCUGCCAACGAUGACGCUGGUGCCGCCUAUGGUGGCAGCUACGAUCUGAGUAGCCAAGAUGCUGGCGUACAAUAUUUCGACCACAACACCCUGUUGACCGACAGUUAUGGCAACAAUGUGGGCGCUCACGAAUCUCAUGUGAGUUUGGCGGCAGCACAAGGUCCCGCUAUCCGCUCGCCACAACCUGCAUCGUUCGCACCCGCCGCUUCGUAUGAUGCGGUGCAACAGUAUGUGAGUGCUGGUGCCGGUGCCGGCGCUUCGUCUGGCGUGGAGACACAGUAUGGCUCCAAUGGUGGUUAUAUCUAUUAAAUUUAGUUUUUAGAAA